AUGCUAAAGUACAACGCCACUCAAUGGUUCAUUGAGGAGUAUGACAAAGUUCACAACUAUCCAAUCAAUGAUCGACUACUGAUCCAAACGAUCAAAUACAACAAUGUAAAGGCAUUCAAUCAUCUACUCAACAUGGUAUUGCCUUCACAAGAUGACAACAACAACAUGCUUCGACAAGUACUCAAACAUGGCAAUGUGGACAUGCUCAACUUGUUCCUCGGUUUGAAUGCUCAGCGUACGGCAUCAUUCAGCAUCAACGAUCUAAUGCGAGCCAUCGACACUGGCAACGUUGACUUUGUUCGUAUACUACUGCGACGUGGAUGUGUUGAUAGGGAGCCAUCUUAUUCCUACAAUCGAGAGGAUUAUAAGUUCAAAAGGUCACAUCAUGGCAUCAGUGUCACAAUGCUCAAGAUGUUGCAUGAAGAGUUCAAUCGACUUUACUACUCUGGUUAUUGGUUCCCGGGCUGCAUCAUCAUAUCCAACGAUGCUUUGGAGCAUUGUACUCGAUGCAACUUGGAUGAAAGUGUCAGGUACAUUGCCAACAUGCCUUACUUGUCUUUGUCAUCACAAUCUGUGAACUCAUCGUAUCAGAUGACCAGAGUUUGA